UGAAAAUCUUAGACAUGAUUUCGAAUAAUAUUCUUAGAUAUAUGCGCGCUCGUGUGCGCGUGUGUGUUUGUAUAUAUAACAAUAUAUGUAAUCAAGUGCAAUCUUAUUCGUAACAUUUCAAAUUCUCAUAAUUAUUUAUAAUAGAAUAUCUUUCUCCAAUUAUGCAAUUAUUUGUAAAAAUAAUUUAAAAUUUAAGAGACAUGAUUAUCGUUAUAAAAAUGUUCAUCUAUCGAACGCUUUCGUGAAUACAUAUCUUUUUUAUAGGUUUUUUUUCGCAUCCAAGUAGCAACUAACAGCUAACUAACAGCUUAGCUAUAUGUACCUUAGGCGGCUUUAGUGCAACUCGACACAAGCUUGCAUCAGCAAUCGUGAACAUACAGGAGAUUGGUGCAUUAUACACCAUGAUGUAAUAUUCAUGAUACGAAGCAUAAGAAAUGUAUGCUGCAAUUUAGAACAAACUUGUGGCAUAAAUAAUUUCAAAUUGAAAUAAAUCGACAGAGAUAUGUGUGUGUAAUGUGUCAUAUCUUCUCUAACUUGAUUAUCGAGAGCGUAGAAUUUAUUCAUGGCUUAACAGGUUGUAAUAUAUUACAACCGCGUGAUGCAAUAACGCCUUAUUAUGAACAUAGUGUGUUGCUACCGUGCAUAUACGAUGUGAAGUUUUUGGGAAAAAAAUGUUUCAAGUACACUAGACAGGUUUGCUGCAGCACACGUAUAAAUAGGCUUACAUUUUAGAGCAGAGCAUUCAAUUCAAUCCUCGUGCUUCAACGAGAAAUAGAAAAACAGGACAACCAUGUUCAAAUUCUUAGUAUUCUGUGGUUACCUUUUGGCCCUCGCAAAUGGCGUCUUCGGCGGCCUGAUUUCAGCACCCGCACCUGCGGCUGCAUGGGCAAUUGCACCAACGCCUAUUGCCUUAAAAUCAGCUCCAUUGGCAAUUGCACCAGCGCCUAUUGCCUUAAAAGCACCUACAUUGACAAUUGCACCAGCGCCUAUUGCCUUAAAACCAGCUACAUUGACAAUUGCACCAGCGCCUAUUGCCUUAAAACCAGCUACAUUGACAAUUGCACCAGCGCCUAUUGCCUUAAAACCAGCUACAUUGACAAUUGCACCAACGCCUAUUGCCUUAAAAUCAGCUCCAUUGGCAAUUGCACCAGCGCCUAUUGCCGCUGCUCCCAUUCUAAAAGCAGCACCAUGGGCCAUCGCAUCCGCUCCCGCCGCUCAAUGGGCCAUCGCCCAACCCGCAGCACCUUUGGGACUUAAAUGGGGCUAAAUCACUAAAUCAUACUUUGAAAGAGAUACAAGACAUCGCACUUUCUCCAGCAAUUACACAUACAUCACAAAAUGUACUAUCGUCAAUUCCUUGUUAGAUCUUGCAUUUCUUAAAAUUAAGAAUCACUAAAUAUAUUGUUUUAAAAUGUCACUCUUUCUCACUAAAUAUUUUAUAAAUUAUUGACGUCGAACGUCAAAAGCGGAACCAAUAAUAAAAUUUUGUACAAAAAAGAAAUAUAAAA